GGUGGCCAUUUUCUCUCUACCUCGAAGUUUUCACCGAAUCAGUGAGGAUUCAGUAAUACACCUGUCGUUAAGACUAAUUAAGGAAUUAAUACGUUUUUGACGACUGGCUAUGGAAGCUCCUGCAUAAUAUCACGUGUUAACGAUUCAUCUGUACAAUAGGUCUACCAAUAGGACAAAAAAAUGAAAAAGGGACCGUUGCAUUUUUUGGGUCGAAAGAACCAGUCUCUCUUCGACACCAAUAUUAAAAUCAAGAAGAUGGACAAUGUUGAGCUGGUGUUGGAUUCAUCAGACAUUCCUGAAUCAGGCACUGCCAAAGUGAGGUCCAGACCCGCAGUCAAGCACUACAUGUCCUCCUCUGAUGUUGGGCAAGGGUUUGCUGUCCCAACCCCCAAAGUUCCUGUCCUCCCUCCUUUCAACAGUCCAAAGAUCAACAGGGCAGUAAAUGACGAUCGGUUUUUCAAUGGAUCGGCUAUAUCUGUGCCCGAUUUGGUGGAUGGGGAGAUAUUUAUUCCACCUCCCCCUACAAUGGCACCCCCACCCCCCCCACCCAUGUUCAUCCCUCCCCCACCAGAUUUCUUGGGUGACUUGGACUCCCUUCAGCCUCCCUCCAUGCCCCCUCCAAAACCUCCAUCAGUGGUUCUGUCUAAAGAGUACGAGGAUUUCACCUCCCUGAAACCUCCACUAAUGCGCCCCCCGAAACCCCCGUCAACUUCCUCCAGUGCUUCUAGUUCAUCUUUGUCCAUUUCUAUACCAACACCAGUCCCUGAUUUUACUGAGCCCCCAAAGUUUGCCCCUCCACAGCCCCCUAUAGACAUGAGACAAGCUGCUCUGAAAGCCCUGAAGACCCCGCCUCCAAAGCCAACAAGGCUGUCCUCCAUCCACAGCAUGGACGAAGCCUCCCAGGUUCCAGCCCAAGCUUCCCCAGUACAGACCCCAACACCCUCCAGCUUCAACCCCCAGAACACAGCUAAGCUGGUCAAGCAGGAAGCGUCUCCAGGCCGGAAUAACAAGUUCAGUCCUAUGCUGGACAGUAACCUACGCAACCUGAAGGCCAGUGAUGUCACUGGGAUGAGGGGGGACGGUCCUGCCGCUUCCCCCCUGGCUCUUCUCAUGGCGGCUAAAGAGCGAGGCAGGCACAGGUCCAGUCUUUCCCUUGAAAACAGCACGAAGAGUAAUGAGCCAUUAGCCAGCAUCCAGCACAGGGAAUUCAAUCCCAAUUCUUUCACCGUCAUCCCUAGGGCCACCUCAUUCACUUCUGUAACCUCACAACAUAAACCACAGUCUGUGGUCCCACUGGAGGCCACAGUGGUAAUCCAGAUUCCAGCAAAACCCCAGAUUAUUGAGUCAGCGGUGAAGGGGCCAAUUGCAAAUCCAGUAGUUAAAAGGAUUCUGCCCACCUCUAGAUCCUCAUCCUCCAGCAGACUAGCCAUGGAUAAGCAAAGUGGAGAGCAGAGGAUUGAUUCACCCUCUAGCCUUUUCAGGGAUGACGAGAACCUAUGCAUGCCAUUACUCCCUCCCCCUCCCGAAUUCGAUGACCAUGAUGUCGUGGACUCUCCUCCCAGCUCACCUCCACCUGACCCUCCACUGAAGAAGGUCCUGCCUCCCACUCCCAGCCCUGUCCUUCCAGUCCUGUCCUCUAAUGCCAACCCUGUCCUUCAUGUCAAAACUCCCUCGCCUCCCCCUCCAAAACCUAAAUCUCCAAGCCCUCCCAAAUUCCCACCUCCUGCCAUGGAGAUCAAACCCAAACUGCCUGUUCAGAUCAAACCCAAGCCGCCUCCCACCCAGGCCCUCUCCUCCCUCUCAGCCAGCCAGGCCACACUCCAGAGCAUCCUGCAGAAGAAGAUGCUAGAGAUGGACUGCAAAAUGGACAACAAAAUGCUGGCCAUGAAGGAAACAGACUCUGAUGACUGGGGUUCUCCCUUGUCUGAUGAGGAGACCAAGUUCCCAGUUGUCCCCAGAGUCACCCCGAAAAACCCUGUUAUCACUACAAAGAGCAAGAGUGCCACUGUGCCAGCCACAACACAAGGACUUGACAUGAAGGAGCUGGAGACAAAAAUGGCCAUGAAAGGUCAGGGUUUGUCAGAGCCAUCAAGAGUUCCCACAAGCAAUGGGCCACGGUCAAAGCAGGCGUAUGGCAUGACUUUCAUGGUACAACCCGGAACCAAACAACCAAUCACUGUUGUCAGCAAAUGAGGAUCCAACUCAAUUAUACCACAUACUGUACCAUACAGCCCCUGUCAAGAGCAAGGACAAUGGAAAGAGAGCACCUUAAAUACUGCUAAAAAUGGAUAUAUCCAAUAAAACACUAAGCAUGUAUGCCAAGGAUGUUUUCACCAAGCCCCUGGAGAGAAUACAAGGUGCUAAGCAUUUGUCUAGAAAAUGUUUUGCUGUACCACAGCACAUAAACCUGCCCCCCAGAGGUGGUGUCAAAUAGCUUCUUGUCUAGGUGCCAAAGUCUAGAGUGAGUGGACUGUUGGAACAGCUUUCAACAGUAUCUUUGACUGCUACGGUUUAAUCAGUGCUAGUACACAUUGCCUUAUUUUUUUACCUAAUAGAUUCAAAGCAGAUUGUGAGGCUGUAAUUUGCCAGCCUUAAUAUACACUGAAUAAUGUCAUGCAUCAUAAGGAUAUUUGUAUAAAUGUCUUGAAGAAUUACUAUACAGAUGUGUACAGAUUGUUUUUGCUUAUGUUUCCAUUGUGUCACAGUACCUGUACAUUCUGUAUAUUUUUAGAGCAAUGUAGGGAAUUUAACUAGUCUACUACAAUACAUUAAGAACAAAUGUAGAUUGUUCACUAUAUUAUACUUAAGAGUGCAACAACUAUGUAAACUGUUUAUCUUUUGAUCUUCUACUUCAGUCAGGUGAGCAAGAUAUGUUCCAUAUAAUGGAAGACUAAAUAGAAGCAAAACAGAUGUCAGCCAUUUACCACAUAAGGACAGAAGUAAUAUGGUCUGUAGAACCUACAGUGGUCAGUUUAUUAGGUACACCAGCCCCAUUCCCUAAAAUAGUUUGCUCCUAUAGACAGUCAAGCGGCUGUGGUUUGUUAUAUAACUGAACAUUAGAAAUGGGCAGAAUGAGUGACCUAAGCAACUAUGAGCGAGGUAUGAUCAUCGGUGACAGGUACACCGGUUCCACUAUAUCAGAAACAGCCAGCCUCCUGGGCAUGUCAUACGACAGUGUCUAUGGUUUACUGAGAAUAGUGCGACAAACAGAUCCAGUCAGCAGCAGUCCUGUGGGCGAAGACAGGUCGUUGAGAGGUCGGAGGAGAGUGGCAAGAAUCGUGCAAGUUAACAGGCAGGACACAAACCGACAAAUAACGGCACAGUACAACAGUGGUGUGCAAACAGCAUCUCAGGACACACAACUAGUCUGUCCUUAUAGUAGCAGACGACCACACCAGGUUCCACUCGUAUCAGCUAAAGCAGGUCCAGUGGGCACGCAAUCAACAAUUGAGUGGAAAUUAUAUUUCAGAUGGUGUCAAUUUAAUUGAUUCAUUUUGGAGUAGAACGUUCUUAAGUCACCAGGAGGAACCUAAACAGUUCAAAUAAAUACAGUAGGUAUGCCCCUGCACACUA